AUGACUGACGAACGUCGUAUAAAUUUAUUACAAUUACUAUCUAUAAAUGAUUUACAACAAUUACUUACAUUUGUCAAUUCAUCUCGUUCUGGAAAACGUCAUGAACUUGUUGAACGUUGUAUACAAAUAUUAAAAUCAACAUCGAUAAUUAAUACACAAUUUCGAGAUAAAAUAGAUGAAUUAUAUAAUAAACGUUUUGAACAAGGUGAUAUGGUAACUAUUCCUUAUCCAAGAGAUACAACAAAUCAAAAUCAAAUUCGACAACAUCAUCAAAUUGGUACACAUACAAAUUCUGGUCAACUUGAUCAUGAUAUUAAAUUUGCUAAAUUUACUUUCAAUGAAGAUCUUUGUCAAAUUUCACCGUGUAUGCAAAUAUUACCUACAAAUCAAUUACAACAAGCAUCUCAUCUUAAUAAACAGACACAUGUUUCAUUCUGUUUUAUUUUAAAUGUUCAACAAGCAUCAGAUGUAUCAACUUCAACCUAUUUUAAUACUGAAUCACAACGUCUAGAAUAUCGAAAACAAAUUCUUCUAAGAUUUACAACAUUAGAAAAAGGACAGACAAGUGAACAACAAGAUAAAUUACCACCAAAUUUAUAUAUACUUGUUAAUGGAAGAGUAGCCACAUUACCACAACCAAAACCUACAUCUAAACCAAAUGCCGAUGUUGUCAGACCAGGUCGUCCUAUUGAUAUAACUGAAUAUUGUCGUUUAUGUCCACUAAUAUCAAAUCUUAUAGAAAUAUCCUGGUUUAGUCAAGACACAACACAAACUUAUGGCAUGUUUAUUGCUGCCGUUUUUCUCACACAACGUAUGACUUAUGAUGAUCCUGAAGUAGCAUCAACAUCACUUCGUCUAUCAUUGGAAUGUCCGACAACGCGUGUAAGAAUGAAAAUGCCUGGUCGAGCAUCAUCAUGUAAACACGUUCAUUGUUUUGAUAUUGAUGCUUAUUUAAAAAUGAAUGAAAAACGUCCAACAUGGUUAUGUCCCGUUUGUAAUAAGUCGGCAUUGUAUCAAGAUUUGUUUGUUGAUCAAUUUUACGUCGAUAUUAUUAAACAAUGUUCAUCAGACGUUAAAUGGAUUGAUUAUGAUGUCAAUGGUCAAUGGAAACCGAUCUGUGAAGAAAAGAAAACAAGAAGUGGUGGAACAAGUAAACCAGUGGUAGAAACAUCUAAACAUACAAAUGGAACGACAAUAAACAAUAAUGGAAAUAAAAUGGUUGAAUUAUGUGAAUGUGAUUCCGAUUCACAAUCCGACAAUGACAAUGAUACUAAUGGCAGAAUAAGUACAUAUCUGAACAUUUUCUAUCUUAUUCAUUGUGUGUGCUAA